AUGGACCCGUUCCUGGUGCUCCUGCACUCGUUGUCGUCCCGGCUGUCGAGCAGCGAGCUGGACGUGCUCAAGUUCCUGUGCAGCGAGCGCGUGGGCAAGAGGAAGCUAGAGCGCGUGCAGAGCGGUCUGGACCUCUUCUCCCUGCUGCUGGAGCAGAGCGACCUGAGCCCGGAGCAACCCGAACUACUGCGCGAACUGCUCGCCUCCCUGCCCCGCCACGACCUACUACGGCGCCUCGAUGCCUUCGAAGCGGACUCCGGGGCCGGGGCCAACGAGGGAGAGCUGCGCGCUGCCUUUGACAUCAUCUGUGACAACGUGGGGAAGGACUGGAAGCGGCUGGCGCGCCACCUUCAGCUCUCUGACGCCAAGAUUGAAGCCAUCGUAGAGCGGCAUCCCCGCCACCUGACAGAGCAGGUGAGGGAAGUGCUGAGGACCUGGAAGGCGGCCCGCAGGGAACACGCCACAGUGGCCCAGCUGGUGGUGGCCCUUAGGGCCUGCUGCCUGAACCUGGUGGCUGACCUCCUGGAGGAGGGGCAGGCAGGACACCUCCAGAACGGGGACUUGGACAAGCUGCAGACGAGCGGGGGUCUGCAACCCUCUUGGCGUGACUGUGCCCACCCCGGGGAGGCAAGUCUUCCAGCAGGAGAGACAGCCCUGGUGUCCACUGUGGCGACUUGCAUCCUGGACACUAAAAUGAGCAGCGCGUCUGAGCCCCAGCUGGACCUACAGGCUGUCCUCUGCCCUGAGGGUGGGGGACAGGUGCCGAGCAAGUCUCCACAGGUGACAGACAGCCACUGCGGGGCAGGGACUGCUGGGUUUAGCACAUGUGACUUCCGGCAGCUACAGUUUGAGGGGGACGAGCCCCACAGUGGGCCUGGCCUGGAAGCUGAGCUUGACCAGAGCCCGUGUUUUUUCCACCUGGCCAGCCCCAAGCUGCAGCCCCUUUCCCUGAACAGUCCCCCUUCUACACAGCCCCAGACCGGUGCCAGCCACCUCUGGAGCCCCCAGGCCUGGAGCAGGGGCGGCAGCCAAAAGCAGAUUCCUGACAAUGGGGCCUGCCCCAUUCAGAACCUGCCUGCCUCUCAGUCCUCGGCCCCUUUCAGCUUCCGGUCAGCAGCACCCCAACCACCAGAGUUUGGCAAAGGUGCCGACGAGGAACAGGGGAAGUGGGUGCCCAGCGGUGUCUCCGCAGCCCCUGCGCCAUCCUCCCAAUUGUUACUACCACAACCUCUCGCCUCCUGCCUUCCAAGCCCCACAAGCAGUGACUCCCUUCAGGAUCUCAGUCUGGCUCUGCCCAGCCCUCAGCACCACCCUUCAAGCACCCGGGUGCCCACACCUGAAGCCAGCCAUGUUGCAGGGAGCCCUUCAAUGGGAUUUCGAGAGCAGGGGGUCAAGGCCAAGAGUGCUGGGAAAGAAACGCGUUGGUGCGACAGGUGA